AUGGUCCAAAUCAGCGAGGUCAAGGGAAACAGUCGCGAGAACCGCACGGCUGCCCACACCCACAUCAAGGGUCUCGGACUGAAGCAGGAUGGAACCGCAGAGAAGCAGGCCGCUGGCUUCGUUGGUCAGACGACGGCAAGAGAGGCCGCCGGUGUUGUAGUCGACCUCAUCCGAGCACACAAGAUGGCAGGCCGCGGCGUCUUGCUGGCGGGAGGACCCGGCACGGGAAAGACGGCGGUCGCUCUCGCCAUCAGCCAAGAGCUCGGAACAAAGAUCCCCUUCUGCCCUAUCGUCGGCAGCGAAAUCUACUCGACAGAAGUGAAGAAGACGGAGAUGCUGAUGGAGAACUUCCGCCGCGCGAUCGGCCUCAAGGUCCGGGAAACGAAGGAGGUGUACGAGGGCGAGGUCACGGAGCUCACCCCCGAGGAGGCCGAGAACCCUCUGGGUGGGUACGGCAAGACUAUCAGCACACUCUUGAUCGGCCUGAAGAGCGCAAAGGGCCAGAAGAAGCUCCGGCUAGACCCAAGCAUAUACGAGGCCAUUCAGAAGGAGAGAGUGUCGGUGGGUGACGUCGUUUACAUCGAGGCGAACACGGGCGCCUGCAAGCGUGUAGGAAGAUCCGACGCCUAUGCGACCGAGUUCGACCUCGAGGCCGAGGAGUACGUGCCCAUCCCGAAGGGUGAGGUGCACAAGAAGAAGGAGAUUGUCCAGGAUGUGACGCUCCAUGACCUCGACGUUGCCAACGCGCGGCCCCAGGGAGGCCAGGACAUCAUGAGCAUGAUGGGCCAGCUGAUGAAGCCCAAGAUGACCGAGAUCACGGACAAGCUGCGCGGAGAGAUCAACAAGGUCGUGAGCAAGUACAUUGACCAGGGCGUUGCCGAGCUCGUGCCCGGUGUGCUCUUUAUCGAUGAGGCACACAUGCUCGAUGUCGAGUGUUUCACUUACCUGAACCGGGCUCUGGAAUCGCCCAUUUCGCCGAUUGUCGUGCUGGCGUCAAACAGAGGAAUGGCGACGAUUCGCGGCACGGAUGACAUUGUCGCGGCCCACGGCAUUCCGACAGACUUUUUGGGCCGCCUGCUCAUCAUCCCGACCACGCCGUACCAGUCGGAUGAGAUCAAGCGUAUUGUUCGGAUCAGGGCGACGACGGAGGGUGUGCCUAUCACCGAUGCCGCCCUUGACAAGAUCGCGGAGCACGGCGUUCGCAUCAGCCUGCGGUAUUGCCUACAGCUGUUGACACCCGCCAGCAUUCUUUCCAAGGCAAACGGUCGCAGCCAAAUCGACAUCCAGGACGUGGCCGAGUGCGAGGACCUCUUCCUGGACUCGCGGCGCAGUGCCAGUCUCUUGAGCGGCGAAAGCGGCAAAGGAUACAUCUCUUGA